AUGCAUCCGCAUCUGCAUACGAAGAACGCGUUGGCGUGCGAAGAAAUCAUCGCCGCCCUCGAGGAAUGCCACAACAGAGGCUUCAUGCACAAAGCCACCGGCGGUUGCAACGACGUCAAAGACAAGGUGAACCGGUGUCUGCGGCUCGAGCGGGCAAAGCUGCAAGCGGAGAACAGGGCGGCCGCGAAGGCGAAGCGUGACAUGAUCAAGGAGGAGCAAAAGGCCCUUGGUCUAUGA